AUGACCAACCCAGCCACCAGCAACUUCUGGCUUCCUCCUACACCGGGCCGAGAGUGGGAGGGUAUGAGAAGACCCAACCCCGCGCCGCCCUUGAGAGUCCCUCCUUCCUCUUCUUCUUUCGUGCCUCCCACUCUCAUCUUCCGCGCAUAUCCCUCGCGCCCGCGCCAGCAGCCUGCUCUUCACGUGUAUCGACCAAGAGCACCACGUCCCCGAGCUUCCACUCUACUGCUGCGCCUCCAACUCCUGGAGCUACGCCUCCGACUGCGCGACCAUCUGCUCCUGCGCCUUGAAUCUUUGCGGUUGUUUCUCCGCAUUCAAGCCUUCGAGGCCUUUUUACAAGGCCUCGGAUUUUACUACGAAGUGCGCCUUCUCCUGUUUUACGCCCAGCUACGACUCCCUGGACGAAGACGGAUCAACAGAUUCUUGUCGUCGAAAUGGGUCCUUGCACUUGUACCUCUUACGACGGCUGUUCUGGGAGCUGUUCUGGGUGCCGAUGCGCCUCUUGCUCCACCCUCUGGUGCGGGAAUCACCUUUAGUUCCCUCUGUUUUGCGCUCAGCAUGCCCCUGCAGAUGAUUCUUCUCUUGAUGACCGGAUUUCAGAUUCACGCCAGCCACAGGGAGAAUUAUUGA